AUGGUAAACCGCGGAAAGCCAUCACUUGGCUGUUUAACCUGCAAAAACAGUCGAGUCAAGUGCGAUCUUCAAAAACCCUCCUGCAAACGCUGCCUGCGCCUAACCGGGCGCUGUCCAGGUUAUCCCUCCUCCUGGGAACUGGUGCACCGUCAGCAGAAUACACUCGCUGCGCAACAAGUCCAGGCCAGAGUCGACAAGCAGAGAAGGAGACGCGAUUACGGCAACCUCAAAGAGGUGUCUCCUCCCCAGCCACCAAUUGGAAGCCCCGUCACAGUGUGCAGCGUGUUCAAGCUAUACGAUGACUACUUCCUGAACUCGGGCAUGGGCAUCUUUGAAGCCCUGCCGGUUCUCGGCUCGGGGAAACACGCCCCCUGUUUCUCUCAUGCGCUCAACGCCGCGGCUCUAGCCAGCGGGGCAGGGCAGCUACAUCAGUCGGGUGUCCUAGUCCGGGCGAGGCAGGCUUACGGAGACGCCAUCGUGAUGUUGAGGCGGUCGAUGCAGGACUUGACGGUAGGUGGUGAUGAUUCUAUCCUGGCGUCCCUCUUUGUGCUCGGUUUCUUUGAGAUCUUGGUUCAGCAAUUGCCUCGUGCAGAAGUACAGGGCACUGGUGUAGAAUGCCACCCACAUGCCAAAGGAGCACUUGCGAUGCUUCGGUCCAGGGUGCAGCGAGGACUAGAUACGCAGUUGGACCAGAAUCUCUUUAUAUUCUGCCGCCAUGUACAAAUCAUGGACAUCUUCUCAAAAAAGGCAGACCCUGCGUCACUAAAAGCCGAAUUCGAGGACCCGUGGAUAGCCUGGCCGAGAUUCUGCCCCGUUGACCCAAUUGUUCAAACAUCAGUCGAUCUGCUGGCCGAAGUCGAGAGCACAAUGGGAUUGAAUCGCUCCAAAACGCAUAUCAUCACUAUGGCCGACCAAGUUCGGCGCGUCUUGGGAAGUCUUGAUCUUGUGGUUUCCCAAGUAUCGCCGGACACUAGCCGGCAUUCUAGCCCUCCUGCGUACUUCAACGGACUUUUGAGAAGCCACUCUGCUGCCUCGGCAGCUAUCGCCAAGAGCCUCUACCUUACUGUGCGGUUACACCUCGUCGACGCGCUUCUACGAUCUUUUGACGCCCAAGUUCACGUCGCGGAAGCCGACGAUGAUCUCCCGUCCCCGAUUCCCGAGUGGUUAGUCAUCGAGCAGGAAGAUGGACUACGCACACUCUGGGAGGAGGUCACGGCUGCGCUGGCACCUGGUGGACAAGCCCCCGGGGUAAAAGAGAAUGCACCUGGGGCUGCCUCCCGCAUGUUCUGCCUGUCAUGGCCUAUAGCGGCUAUAUCACAAUCGACCAUGGCCAGUGAACAGUGGAAACGUAGAGUGUGGGAACUGAUUGAAAAGGACAGUGGGCAAUAG